AUGCUACAUGGUAGAAGCAAUGCGGUUGUCACCGUUCCGGCUGUGCUAGGGCCUCUAUCAUUCGUAACAGUCUGUUUCCGAUGUUAUGUACGCAUCAAGAUGGUCAAGAAUUUUGGAUGGGAUGAUGGUAUAAUGGCCGUGGCCGCCGUGAGGUUUGCCUUGGUUGGAAUCACUGGAGGAAUAUAUGGCAUUGGUCAGAAGACAGAAUAUUUCCAUGAUCGGAUUGACAACUUCCGACAAGCUAUGCUAUGCUGGUGGAUCGGCCAACAACUCUAUUCUGUUGCAGCUAUAGCCAUGAGGGUAGCAAUCUGCCUUACGCUACUUCCUUUCACUGGUUUCCAGAGGAUUUAUUCCGCUAUCCUCUAUACGGUUAUAGUGUUUACCAUUGUUGCAGGAGUCUUGAAUCUCGCUGUUGGCAUUUUCCAAUGCUCGCCCGUUUCGUAUUACUGGGACCGAUUGACAGCCCUGGGCAAAUGUCAUGAUGAUCUCGAGAUGUUGGUUGUCUACAUUAAUAGCAGUGCAGCUAUCAUGUGCGACCUUGUUAUCGGUAUUCUACCUGCAAUUCUGCUGCGAGAUCUCAAGGAAGUUAGUCGCGGUACUAGGGUUGGAAUUGUUGUCCUUCUUGGACUUGGCUGGCUUGCAAUUACAGCUGUCAUCGUCCGAUUGCCCUAUGUACGCCUAUUGUCCAAGACAAAUUUUCUAUAUGACUCAACUGGGGUAGCAGUAUGGUCCGACGUAGAAACUGGCCUAGGAAUCACAGCUGAGAGCCUUGCAGUCAUGCGACCUGCCUUCUCAUUCCUCACUAGAUCUAAAGAAAGCGAUGCCCAUGAUAAAUUAGAAAGCUCUACGCUUCCCAGCUUCGCGCGUGGGCUCGAACCCGAUUGA